AUGAAGCUUCUCCUUAUUAUCUUAUUAUCAUUUGUGUUAGUUGUGUACUCAUGCCAUCCAUCGGGACUACACUCCAAGCCGUUCAAGCCAAUAACCUCAACACCGACCACUUCGGCACCUGCGGCACUUUCGACAACUCCAGAGCCCCAGUCACCAGUCACAGAAGCACCUAUCACAACGACCACAAUUACCACUACAACAACAACUACCGAAUCCAGUCCAGAAUUGGAUUGUGAUCCAUCUGCUAUAUGUGAUUUUGAAGCGAUAGAUCCUAUGCUGGAAAGUCCCUAUGGAUUCUUUAUAAGGAAACUGCUGCAAACAAUGAUGGAUGUUCACAGAAAAAAAUUGAAUGUUCAUAUCUAA